ACAGCGAGACGGGAGUACGAUGACCUCCAACGCCGCCACAACAUCCUCACCGAAGAGAGGAACCAUCUGGACGCCGAGCUGAGAGAGAGGGAGAGAGAGCUGAACAAGCUUAAGAAUGUCUCCGAAAAGCUGUUCAGAGAGUACCAGCAGCUGAAGAACCAGCAUGAAGUCGACGCUGGAGUUAUGCAUAAGGUUAUGCAGCAAGCUGGCGAGUGGUACAAGCAAAACAAGCAGCUGAAGCGCCGCAGCACCGCGCUGCUUCAAGCGCUGCCGGCGCGCGCCGUUGACAUCGACCUAACCGACUCUACUGACACAGCGUCAGAUACCAGCAGUAACGAGGAGGUGGAGUUCCUGAAGCAGACGGUAUGCGAGCUCAGCCGGCAGACGGCCGAGCUACAGACCGAGCUCAGCGCGGCCAAGCUGCACGAGUUCGAAGCUCACGAGCUUAACGUGGCACUCGCACAGGAAGUAGAAACAGAGCGAGAGAAAUGCACAUCCCAACAGAAGGAGUUAGAAGAGUUACGCAAUCAACUGGAGCGACACAACCGCGUGUCCAAGCUGCUCGUCGACGAAGUGUCCGCGCUCAAGAACAACGCCGACAAGGACAGGGAGAUGGCUGAGACAUACAAAUCCGAAGCGCGUGAUGCUAAAAAGCGUGUCAAACUGCUCACUCAUCAGAGCACGCUGCUCAUGGGGGAGUUAGAAGCUGAUGAGCGACUCAUGCUGCUUCUGACCGAAGUGGACAGCCUCAAGGACGCGUUGGAGAACCAGGCGCUCAGGCACCACGAACAAGUGGAGGAGUUGCAGCUAAAACUGGCAGAGAAGCACGAAGACACAGAUAUCCUGCUCUGGGAAGAAAAGAUCCGCUUAGCGGAGGAUGACGCGCGCCGAGCGGUCGAGCGAGCGGAGCGCGCUGAACGGAGGCUAGCGGAGAUAGAGCGGAGACUAGCGGAGGUCGAAAAGAAGCCGCUGAAGAAGUCCAAUCUCUUGUCCAGGAUCAGUUAUUUUGAGAAUGGCGGCGAAGCGAAAGAGGAAGUGGAGGUUACUCCACCACCCCCAGAACGGUCUCCCUCCCCACCGCCCGCGCCUUCCAUCCCUCCCCCCCCACCUCCCCUCGUACUUCCACCCCCUCCGCCCCCUUCAUUACCCCCUCCGCCGCCACCGCCACCGCCACCGCCGGUAGCGUUCAUGGGGGAACAUGAGGACAUGGCCACGUUGCUGGCUAGUAAGCAAGGGACGUUGAAGAAGACUAAGCAGAAUGGAGGUGGAGCCAUAGACGCGAUAGUAGACCAGAUCAAAGGCGGCAAGUUCCAGCUUAAAUCCCGGGAACAGAACCCCGAACCCCGCCCCAAGGACGAGCAACCAGAAGCGGUUAAAGAAAUGCUCGCUAUACUCGGCACGCUGCGCAAGAGACGCAGCGUCAAGAGGGACUUCAGCGACGUGUGACACAAAACCAUCUCAUAAAUAGGAUUCCUGCAUAAUGCCAAUUAGACAAUAUAAUAAGUAUUUUUAGUUUUAACACUGAUUAUGUCUUCCUUUGACAAUAUUUUAUAAAUACAUAUUAUUUAAAUUUCGACCACAAUAUUUCGAUGAUGACUACUGACAACUAGUGUUGCCUAACUAUCGAUAGAGCAUAAUAUCGAGAGUAAAUAUCCCCAUUUAUGUUACGAAAUUACUCUUUUAACUUUAUCACACAUUACAAUAAUUAUAUUAACAUAUUUUCUAUUCUAUAUCGUAUUCAAACUUCUCGUACAAAAGAUAUAAUUGUAACAAAACAUAUCCAUGCGCAUUUCUCUUUAUAUGUUUUAUAAAAAUAUAUGACAAUGUUUUAUAAGUACAGUAGAAAUAUUAUAUUUAUAGAAAAAUAUUAAGGCUUUAGAUCAAUAUUAAAUGAAUGGUUGGGUUGUUUGUAAGUUUGUUAAGGCGGAACAUGGAAAAAGAAAUGUUUACUUAUGUAAAAAUAACGUAUGCUAUAUUAAAAGUUGAAACCGUAAAUUAUUAUUAUACAUAUUAAAACAAGUGGAAAAA